UUAGAAUUAAAUGUCAAAAAAAGUGUUGGUCUGAACUAUCAAAAUUUAUAUGAACGUUUUUUUUAUAAAACCAACCAGCCUGGCCUAAAAUUCAUUCACUUACAUAAUAAGGCUGUAAACAACCUUUAAAAUGGAAGAAGUACAGGAGCGGAAAACCAUGAUCCUGGAAAAGAGGAAGCUCAUGGGCGACAAGAGGAUGAGCAUGGGAAUGAAGUCAUUCUAUGCUUCCUUUAUUGGGAGCAUUUUUCGAAUGAGCGACGAGCCGCGAAACUCGUUUUCGACCAUGGUUAAGCGACAUAAGGCUGAUAGCAAAUAUGUGGAUGCCGAUUUUAGGGACGAAUACAUGGAGGAAUACGAACCCAUUUAUCAAACCGUAUUCGACGACAACAGGGACCCCGUGCUUGAGCCCACGUUUGCGAAACACCGCAUUCCCCUGCAAAUUCGAUGUCUUGAGCGUUAUCACAAUUCCAAACAAGGGUACGCCAAGCAGUUCAAGCGCGAGAUACAACUCCUGAUUGACAAUCAGCCGACUGCAGAAGAUGCCUGGCAAUUUGUAAGGACCAUGGCCUAUACCACACUUUGGCCGCCACUGCAUACAAGGAAAGAGCUCAAGAUUUUCGAAAAGGACUUUUGCAAGCUUACUCCCACUGAGCAGAAUCGUUACAACAAAAUAAUGUCGACAAAUUUUACAUAAUUGAACUAGUGUUUAACAUGUAAAAUAUUUGUAAAGACAAAAAAAGUAUUUAAAAUUUAAUUUA